GAGUUCUCACUACUCGCGUAUGUAAGUGUGCGUGGUGGUUAGCCUCCGUCACUCCGCUGGUCGUCUCCGGCAAGCCAGCUGUGCCAUUAGCAAAGCUUCAGAAGGAACGAUGAAGGUGGUGAUAAUACUGGUAUCGGUUUUGGCUGGAGGUCUGUGUCUGCCUGGACCACACGGACCCCAGAGUUUCAGCUCGACGCUUCAGAAGAUGCAGCUUCACACUUCCGUCAGUUCGGAUUGGGGCGCCAACCUUACCAUACCUGAGUUGAUUGAAGCCUUCGGAUACCCAGUGGAGGUGCAUCACGUGACUACCGAGGAUGGCUACAUUCUGGGGUUGCAUCGCAUUCCCUAUGGUGUGUCAGGCCCUUCCUCUGGACGCCCUCCCAUCUUUCUCCAUCACGGCCUCCUCAGCUCCUCCGCUGACUGGGUCAUGAACACACCGGAUAAAGCUCUUGCAUACAUCUUGGCUGAUGCUGGGUACGACGUCUGGCUCACCAACGUCCGAGGCAACAUUUACUCUCGCAACCACACCGAGAUAUCACCUGAUGAUAUAAAAUUCUGGUCCUUCAGCUGGGACGAGAUGGCCGUUUACGACGCAACUGCCGGUAUUGAUUACGUGCUCGAAACCACCGGAGAGUCCAGCCUCUACUAUGUUGGGUUUAGCAUGGGAACUACAAUCUUCUUUGCUCUGAUGAGCGAGAAACCGGAGUAUAACGACAAGGUGAGGGUGAUGGUAGGACUGGCUCCAGUAGCCUACCUGGAAUACGCUAAGGGACCCAUAAUCGAGGUGGCGCAAUACUCCAAUGACCUAGAAACGUUAUUUACCCUACUGGGUGUGGGAGAAUUGACUGUCAGCUCAGAGGCGAUGGAUUACUUGGCUGAAAAUUACUGCGAGCCUGGGAUGGACUCGGCUGAGAUUUGCUACAACUUCAUUUUCCUCAUCUGUGGCCCAGAUCCAGGAGAGCUUAAUGUGGAAUUCUUUCCAAACAUCCUGGAGCAUUACCCUGGUGGUUCUUCUGUUCACACCGUCAUCCACUAUGGGCAGAUCAUCAUCUCUGACAACUUCACAAAAUACGACUACGGGCUGAUUGGCAACUUAAACCAUUACGGGCAGGCGAACCCUCCCUUAUACGACCUCUCCCGCAUCACCGCACCUGUAGGCCUCUUCUGGGCGGACAAUGACUGGCUUGGUGACCCUACGGACGUGGCUAGAUUGGCUGCAGAGUUGCCAAAUGUUGUUCUCAACUACGAAGUCGAGUUAUCCGAAUUCAAUCACCUUGACUUCGUCUGGGCCAUCCACGCAAAUGAAUAUGUUUAUCGCCAAGUGUUGGAGCUUCUAUCUAAUUACUGAAGACUGUAACUAAUAACGUACUGCACGGCUUCCACUUUUUCGAAGUGCCAGAAGUGAUGAAGCUCGACCGUUGAUCUGCUGAUCACCACACAAGUAUAAAUAUAUAUUAUAUAAUAUGAGAAAGUAACCCACAUGGUGACAGAGGCAAGAUAAUAAAUAGUCGGUAUACUUC